AUGGAGUCCCGGGCCACCCCGCUGCGCUACCGCAAGAACGGCCGCCUCCAGGCCUGCGACCCCUGCCGCCGGCGCAAAGUCGUCUGCGACCACGCCCGUCCGGUCUGCGGGAGCUGCAGGCGGCGGAGGAAGACGGAGACGUGCGAGUACACCAUGAGCUCGCCCGCACAAAUGCAGGCGCAGGCUGCUCCGCCCGAACUCGGCCCCGGACCGUCGUCUACCUCGGGCUCGGAGGCGGGAGCGGAGCAGCCACUUACAGGCUCAACGGCCGUCGAACACGUCCCGGAGAGGACAACGGCUGGGACUACCGGCCGAGAUGUCUCGGGCGGUGAGCGUACUGGCGCCGGGGGCGAGGUCUCGUUGUCCGGCCACCUCGGGUUCAACUCCUUUGGGGAUAUUUACAAGGAAGUCGGCGCGAGACUAUCCGACCACGACACCGGAGCGAGCAAGACGCCGAGGACGGACGGUGCGACGGCGGGGAGUACGGCGACUUCGGCGACAUCCUCCAUCACCGAGCCCCCGCCCUCGACCACGACGCUGGAAACAUGCCUCUUCGUCCUGAGAAGCAUACCCACCGAAGACAAGGGCCGCGCGCUGUUCGCCGCCCACUUCGAUCCCCACGACGCCUUCGUCCGUCCCGUGGCCGAACGCGCUCUGCGUUCGCUGUACGAGACGUUCGGGGACUACCUCGGGACCGUCCGGGACGAUGCGCGGUUGGCGGAUCUGGUCCGCGUGUUGUGCGAUAACACGGCGAGGCCGUUUGCGGAGCACGAGGCCGAUCCCGAGGCGUGGAUGGGCCAGUUUAUGGGGAGGAAUGUACGGUGGGAGACGCUGGGGAUUUUGUUCAUUUAUUGGGAGUUGAGUGCGAGGAAUGAGCACCUCGUUCGUCCCGAGACGAGACCGCCGCCGAGUGGAGGACGGGUGGCCGCUCACCGGCAGCGGGAUGUGUUCAGGAGGUGCAUUAAUGAUUGCCAGGCUCUGGCGAGACGGGCUACUGAGGUGGGGAAUUCGUUGCUGCUUUACGUUUACUGGAAGCGAACCAUCAUCGCGUCCAUCGUCUCCGGAGACACGAGCCUCUCGUGCUGGAUGUACAACGGCGAAGCCGUCUCCCUCAUGACCUUCCUCGGCCUCAACGUCGAGCCUUCCAAGGCCACCACCUACAAACCCACCCUGGCCUCCGAGAUCCGGCGCCGCCUGCUCUACAAGAUCUUCGUCAUCGACAAGGUCGUCGCCUCCAUCACGGGCCGCCCGCCCCUGCUCAGCCGACGCUACAUGCAGACCCCGCCGCCGCUGGACCUCCGGGACGACUACCUGCUCGCGGACGAGGCGGCGCUGGCGCGCGCGGUUGCUUCGCUGGACGCGAACGGGUAUAACACGGACGGGGCGGCGUACUCGAUCACGUUCUGGCGGGCGCGGGUGCAGCUCAUGAUUAUCAGGGACGAGAUCUUUGAGAUUUCGCUGGGGACGGUGGGGGGUGUGUCGACGGGGACGCUUUAUGACCUCAAGAAUAGGGAGUUGCGAGCCGCGGCUGAUAUGCCUGCCGUGCUGCAGUUCAGGGAGUCGGAUGUGAGGGACCCGGAUAUCGGUGCCGAGAUGCUGUAUCCGAGGAUGAUUAUGCGGUUGGAGCACCUGCAGAACCUGUUCUUUAUUGAGAGGUUGCUGCGCCGGCAUGGUUGUGCCAACGAGAAGGAUUUGUUGGCUGUUAGCUACGAGUUGACCUCGACGACGAUGAUAUUCUGGACGAACAUGGAUGGUCUUGCGAUGGUGUACGAAGACUUUAAGUGGCUGGUAAUGGCCUACGCGGCCCCAGGCGGCGGCAUCCUCUGCCUCGAACUCCUCAAACCCUCCGUCCCGCCCUCGGAAGCACCCCCCGACAGCACCGGCGAGCGGAUCACGCGGUCGCGGAUCGUGCAGCUGCUGAGCCUGCUGGUCGGGUUCCUGGGGUGGGUGAGUCCGAAGGAGGCGAACGGGAACAUCUGCGAGAACUGCAAGGUCAUCGUGCAGCGGGUGCUGGACCAGGCGCUGAACGCGGCGGCGGGGAGUGGUGGUGGUGGUGGUGAGGUGCCGGGGGCGGAUUUCAUGGAGUGGGAUUUCUCGGCGCAUUUGGAUUUCAAUUUUGAUUUGUUGGAUACGUUUGAGUGGACGAGGCCGGAGUUCUCGUGGGGUGAUGGGAAUGGGUAG